AUGGCCCAGCAGUACCUCGAUGUCCGUACCGUCGCGGUCAUUGGAGCAGGCGUGAGCGGUGUCGCUGCCGCAAUCCAUCUCAAGCGCGCUGGCCUGGAUGUGACCGUCCUUGAACGAAACAAACGAGCCGGCGGCAUUUGGGUCUUCAAUGAGCAACGAGCAAAAGAUGCGGCCUACCCAUCAGUCUUGCCAUCCACCGGAGAUUCGCCAGAGUACGCAGAAGUGUCGAGGCGGUUUCAGCACGAUGCCCGACAAGACAGUCCAAUGCCCAGAGACCAUCUCAUCAAUCGACAGCGGGAGUUAGACCUGGUAACUAGCUUUGCGCCGCCUGGUCCAUGCUACGCUGCACUCCGCAACAAUGUUAGCACUAUCGAGAUGGAGAUGACCUGUCAAGCUUGGAACCCAGGCACAGCCGAGUUUGUUCCUCAUCACAUCCUCGCCGACUACAUCCAAGCUGGUGCGAUGAAUAACGGCGUCGACGAAUGCUGUCGAUUUAAUACCCGUGUCAACGAAGUGCGCAAGGUCGGUCAGAAGUGGGAGCUUGACGUGUCUCACAUCAAGGAACGAGAUCAACAGGUCGAGCUCGUAGAGAGCGUCGAACAAUUUGACAGUGUCGUCGUUGCGUCUGGACAUUAUCAUGCCCCGAAUAUCCCCAGUCUACCAGGUCUCGCCGAUUGGAAACGAGCCUUCCCCGACGCAGUCCAACACUCCAAGCUCUACCGCUCGAAUGCUGGAUUUGAAGGCAAGAAUGUUCUUCUGGUUGGAGCUGGGGUAAGUUCGAUGGAUAUUGCCAAAGAUCUGGGUCCUGUCGCCAGAUCGGUCUAUCAAUCCUCAAGAGGGGGGAUGUACGACCUUCCGUCGCAUCUCCUCCCUGAGAAUGCGGCGCGAAUUGGCGGCGUCAAGUCUUUCGACCCUUUAUCGACUGAGAAAUCUCUCGAUGGCAGCAUACCGGGGACAAUCACGUUGCAAGACGGCCGGAAGCUGUGCAACAUACACCACGUAAUACUCUGCACAGGCUACCACGUCAGCUUCCCCUUUAUGAAGACCCACCACGCAGAUGGCGUCCAACCGGAAGACGCCGAUGAGAACGUGCUGGUCACCAACGGCCAGCAAACACACAACUUGCACAAAGACAUUUGGCAUAUUGAAGAUCCGACCUUGGGAUUCGUUGGAAGACCUUACCACAUUGCAACGUUUUCCUUCUUCGAAUUUCAAGCCAUGGCAUUGGCUGCAGUGUACUCUGGCCAGGUGCCGUUACCAUCCAAAUCGGCCAUGCGGAAAGAGUAUCAAGAUCGGAUACACGAAAAGGGCGUAGGUCGCACCUUUCACUCCUUGAAGAAGGAAGGGGAUGAGAUUCGCUACGUGAACGAUCUCGUCAAAAUGGUGGACGAUGCGGGUGUGGCGAUGCCUUCCCAUAGCGCGCUCUGGCAUGAAGCGUAUGAGAGGCGGCGAGCCCGGCAGAAGGCUCUCUUCUCGGCCGUGAGAGACCAAGCACUCGAUGAGCACGUUAUGGAGUUGGUCGUCGGUUGCUAA